AUUCUCAAGCUGUUUAUAAAAAAGCGAAUGGUCAUUUCCAAAACAUCCGUGUCUGUGAUGCUGUUGUAUUGCUAGAUAAAAUCAUUAGGUACUUAGCCGUAAAUAAACAAAUUCAGUUUUAAUGAAGUUAUAAUGUUUGCCUUUAAGUCGGAGGUGAUACUCAGGUCAUGAAUGGAAGAAUUGGAGCCUCUCUGUGUGAGAACACUGUAGAUUCAUAGAUAAAUAUCUGACCAUCAGUGACCUUUGAGUAUGGAUGUGAGCAUUGCUGUGUCGCUGAUCCGGGGUCAGAUGGGCACGGUUGUGGAGCGGGCAGUGAACACGGCGGUGGAGACGGUUCUGGCCGAGAUGCUGAAAGUGGUCGGGGUGAAGUUUGAGGAGCUGAAAGCUCAGGUGGUGGUGAUGAAGAGGGAUGUGAUGGCCCUGCAGAGGGAGAAGGCCCUAAAAGAGAAGGAGAACGACAACAUUCGAGCUAAGCUGCGCUACACUGAGCUGAAGCUCAAGUACUACAGGCAGGGCGUGGAGGAGGAGCUCCAGCAGAGAGCCUCGGCCUCCGCGUCGGUUCGCAUCCAGCCUCCCACCUUGAACCGGAUGCAGAGGUGUGAGGCCAGCGCCUCGGCUUCAGAGGUUCCUCUGUUGAAUCCGGCUCAGAAAUCUGCAGAGGAAACACGAUUCAGGAGCCGCCAAGAAUGCACCUCCUCAGACAGCACAAACAGACCAGCAGCCAGAGUUUGCUGUCCUUCUGAUGGAGCGAGCUCAGACUCAUCAGACCUGCUGCUCCCCGUCACGCUCACAUUGAACACGGCUGCAGAAUCUCUGGACAGCAAUGCAGUUUUUUUUAGUCACUCAGAGCAUGACGCCUCGCAGAGGGAGGAUUCAGAUCGGGACGUCGAAUGGACCAUCAGCAUGCAGCCCUAUACGGAAAAAUCUGCUGAGGCUCCUGCUUCUGUUAGGACUCUGACUCUGUUGUCAGGGCAACAAUCCACUCCUGCUCCACCUUCCCCGGAGGUCUCAACCCAGGUUGACAGCUCCAUGCUGCCCUCUUCUGCUCUAGAGGUGAAGCAGGAGGUCCAGCCUUUGCAGGAGGAAGAGGAGGAGGUGAUCUGCAUUAAGGAGGAGCCAGCAGAGGAGCAGGAAGUUAUGGCCGACCUGUUGCUGGACUGUCAGGCGGAGCAGAGCAGAGCCCCAGAACCAGAGGCCCAGAGGUUGGUGGCAGAGCCGAUGAGACCAUCUGCUAGCCAAAUGAACCCCAGCUCCAAAUUCCCCCCUGCUGCACCGUGUGUCUAUUCUUUGCCUCAGCACGCUGGCUCCCCGCCCUCCACUACAGCCAUGCAGCCGGGGGGCCUGCCCCGAGCGGCAGUGCGGCCCUGGAACAAAGACCUAAGUCUUUAUGAGGAAUACAAGCUGCGGAGGAACGAGCUGCGCAGGAGAAACCUGAACAGGCGCCGGGAGCUGGAGAAGAGUUUGCCUCAGCCGCUGCUGGCAGACCUGGUACGAGAGCGGCGAGAGAAGACCAGGCUGAGGGUGGCCAAAUGGAGAGCAAAGAGGAAACUCCAGGCCUGUCUGAACCAGACUCAGGCUCACGGUGGCGCUACAGGUCAGGCUGGUGUUCCUGUCCACAGUCAGCAUCAGCAGCACAGAACUUCUUGUGCUUCCAGCAGCCAGCAAAGAAAGAACUCAGUGGCUCCAAACACCCACAGCUUCCUCUGCAGCGUUUCCACAAACAGCCCCACCAUCCUGCCAGCCGUCCCCUCCUCCUCUCUAAUCCUGCGGGGCCCUAACGUGGCCCCCCAUGAGCACGCCGUCACAUCAUCAUCAUCCUCCUCUUCCUCCUAUGAUCGGGUCGGCCAGUCGCAACGGAGCAUCUCACUGACAGAUGUGCAUUUUCCCCAGUGAGCUUCACAUAAAGCAAAGCAGUCAGCAUGGAGCUUAUCUCAGGCUUUAUAGGAACCCAACCACACACAGAGGAAGAGAAUGAAACAUAUUCCAAUGAACAGAAUGUAAUAUUUAUGGCACGCUGAAUAAAAUGUCACACAUUACAACACGAUUGGUAGAUUAGCUGAAGCACAGAUGACUGCAGAUAUUUUAUCAAUACUGUAAAAGUGUAAAUGUGUUGUUCUGAUAGGAUCAUUGAUGUUCUCUACAUGCUCACCGUUGAUGUAAUACAUGUUAACUUCAAUAAAUAUUGUUUCUGUCACUGUA